UCCGCCAUGAAGAAGAGCUCCACGCUGACGACGACCACGUCGAUGCCCACCAGCCCCACGCUCUCGACCCAGACUCUCUCCGCCAGCAAGAUCAGUCUGACCAGCAGUCGGUGUGGCUCCACAGCGGGAUCGGUAUGCGGCUCAGCGGGAUCUGGUUCGGGACGAUCCGCCUGCCAGUCACCGGUGAGGCCGGGGAGCGGAUGCGUGGAUGCCCUCAAGGCGAAGCGGGAGGAGAUCGAGAUCGAAACGGUGCUUGAGAAGGCAAAGUUCUACACCUCAGUGUGCCUUGGUACGACUGCCAUUUUGUCGGUGUUCACAUUCCUCUUCCUGAUACCCUUUGUCGUGGAUCCCGCCAUUUCAACGAUCAUCGCUGAUUAUGAUCCAGUGCCGGUGACCUGCAUCGUCAUCGAUCACAUCUAUGCGGAGGGCAUCAAGAACUGCAGCUGGAGCUCCUGUCGCGAGGGCUGCACCUCAUCACUCACCAAGUGCCAUCAGUUGUUUGUCAACUACACGCGCAUCCCGUUCAGCGAGUGGGAGCGCAAUCCUCGGGACCUGGACACGGUCAACUGGGAUGUGAGCUACACCAAAUUCCUGAUAAACUCGGAGGGCUGUGGCUAUCCACCCACGACCAACUGCAGUGUCUUUGCCAGGCAGUACGGAUUCUCACAUAUUGGAGAACCAUUUCCCUGCUACUACAGCAGGGCAUAUCCGGAGGUGGUGAUCGGUCGGUACUCGUGGGAGAACAACCUGUACCACCUGAUCCUGUCGCUGAUCAUACCGAACGUGCUCUUUGCCAUCUCGAUCGGGGUGCUCAGCUACUGGUACUGUCCCUGCUGCGAGAAGGCCUGCAACAAAUCCUCGCGGGUCUAUGCCGAGAAGUUCCCGACCAAGGAAGAGAUCGUUAACUGCAUGAAAUGUAAUACGGAAAAGUCGUUGUCCUUGAAUGUAUUUUGAAUACGAUCCAAUCAAAGCGAGAGUGCCUGAAUUUUGAUCCAAACAAUAUACAAAAAUAAUAAUCUAUUGUGAUAGGUUAAGUGCGAUGGUAUUUCAUAAAAAUAUCCCCAAAAUACUUGCACCAAUUGUGCGGCACCCAGUUCGCUUGUCCACUCAAACACUCACUACAACAAAGUCCCUAAUCGAAUUGUUACUCUGAAGUGUCCUUAGCAAAUACUGCCUUUCUUAAUACUCCCAAUUCUAGACUCUAGAGAAUCGCACACCUCUCAAGGAUCUCUCUAUCGCACAAUGGAUAGGAAUUCCACUCGAAAUACAAUCGAAACUCACGAAAAGAUACUCAAUCCAAUUAGCUUUAAUUCUCCAGAUAUAGAUUAUCUGAGAUAGGUUUCGUUCAGGAUAAAACGAAUUAGUUUACACUAGCAUUUGCCCUCUUUUCUUUAAACAUAAAUACCAUCAGGAGUACCACAGAAUCCACUAGUGAUUUGGGGAACCCCCGAGGGGUUAGCCUAGACAACAACCUGCGUGGUGAGAUUUGUAAAAGUUGCCACACUGCUUAAAAUUUU